ACUGUGGCGUCUGUGGCGGCGGGCGAUCUCCCAUCCGCAUUCGGACAGCCUGGAACUUCACCUCCGGCGCGUGGGUCUGAGAACGGGCUUGUCUGUGAUCGAGAAGAGUAAUCGUCAUCUCGCCCGCCGCGGAACGGGCCAGAGAAGCUGUGAUUGAAAAACAUCUUUCUGCGAACCUCUCACUCCUUGACAUCUACGCUUCCCUCGAAGGGAUCCUGACCGGCCACCAUGGCCGUCACACGCUCCAUACGGCGGACAAGUCCCGUCACCCUCGUCCUGGCCGCCGUGCUCUCGUUCGGGUUCCUGUUCUUCCUCCUGUCGCCGUCAUCAUCCUCCUCGACUGCGACGUCGACAAAAUCGCGACAAGACGAUGCGGCCGACCACCCUCUCUCACCACCCACAAAGCCGUUCCUGAAGAAUCAGGAAUAUCGAAGCAAUGGACAGCGGGCGCCCCCGCCAGUCGUACACUACCAUAUGAACAAUCUGACGUCGACGGCGGAUCCCCUAGCGAACGGGGAGCGUGUGCUCAUCUUGACGCCUCUGGCCCGGUUUUAUCAGGAAUACUGGGAUAAUCUCGUGCGCCUGUCGUAUCCGCAUGAACUGAUCUCGUUGGGGUUCAUCAUCCCCAAGACGAAGGAGGGCAAUGCCGCUACCAGCGCAUUGCAGGCUGCCAUUGCGGCCACACAGUCCGGCCCGAUUGAUGACCGUUUCGCCAGCGUGUCGAUCCUCCGACAGGACUUUGACCCUCCCAUCGCCUCGCAGGAUGAGAAGGAACGACACAAGAUGGAGAACCAGAAGAUCCGUCGCGAGUCGAUGAGUCGUGCGCGCAACAGUCUUCUUUUCACGACGCUGGGACCGAGUACGUCCUGGGUGCUCUGGCUUGAUGCGGAUAUCGUCGAGACGCCCCCGACUCUGAUCCAGGAUAUGGCCUCACACAACAAGGCGGUGAUUGUUCCCAACUGCUUCCAGCGAUAUUACAACGACGAGAAGAAGAAAAUGGAUGUUCGCCCCUACGACUACAACUCGUGGCGCGAUAGCGAUACUGCCCAGCAACUCGCGGAAAAGAUGGGGCCCGAUGAAAUCCUGCUGGAGGGCUAUGCGGAGAUGCCGACUUAUCGAACAUUGAUGGCCUACUUAGCGGACACGAGUGACGAACGCAAGCAGAACAAGGUCAUUCCGCUGGACGGUGUGGGUGGAACAGCGCUGUUGGUAAAGGCGGAAGUGCACCGAGAUGGCGCCAUGUUCCCUCCGUUCCCUUUUUAUCAUAUGGUUGAGACGGAGGGUUUUGCCAAGAUGGCUCGAAGACUCGGCUACGAGUGUUUCGGGUUGCCCAACUACUUCGUAUAUCAUUAUAACGAGUGAAGCGAAGUAAAACUCUAGAAAUAUUUUCUGUUUUCUUAUAAGCACCACGGAGGCGUUCCAAUUUUGUUUAUAUACUUCAAGCUUUAUGCGCGCUGUGCGCUAUUCCUUUUGCCCAUCUGGGUCAUAUUCGCUUCAUCUUUCCACUUCAUGAGUGAAAUGUGUUGGUAUUAGACUUUCCUUUCUUUUGUCGUAUCUUAUCCGGAUCGGAUACGUGUAGUUUUGAUUGUUCCAGUAGUGAUGUAUCAUGCCGGGGGUCCAUUUAUGGUUUCACAGGAUCUAGAAGAAGAAAAACAGGAAAUAAAACCACCCUCCAACA